AUGCCCAACACAAGCCUACGGAAACCACAGAAGGGUUUCCGCCGAGGCGGCAAAACAGCAUAUCACGGUCAACGGACUCGUACGUUUGCCGCUACCUCAAGAGCAGAGGGAACUUCAGCAGAUGAGAAAUGGGAACGGACAAGGCUCGCCCAAACGAUAGACGAAAACUUUGGCUUCGGGAGAUACGACAGUGGAAAGAAGAAGGAGGGCUGGCUCGUCAAUGUUCAGCCCACCGCUAUUGAGGAUGAGAGGAAUCCCGGCGGAAGGGCGGCACUUGAUUGCUACUUCAUUGAACAUGAUGGUGCAACAUUCAAGGCGACUGUCGAGUACGAUCCUUACUUUCUGAUUGCCGUCAAGAAGGGCCACGAAUCCGAGGUGGAGGAAUGGAUCAAGCGAGUUCCUGGCGACGGGUGUAUCAAAACCAUUCGCAGAGUAGAAAAGGAUGACUUGAAAAUGCCGAAUCACCUGCUGGGUUAUCGGCGGACCUUCUUGGAACUCAAGUUUGCCAAUGUCCCAGACCUCAUGGCUGCCAGGAGGGAUAUUAUGCCCGUGGCUGAGAAGAACAAAAAGAAUAUGAAUGCCAUGGACGCAUAUGCUGAAGUUGUCACAGCUAAUGGAAACUUUGACCUUUUCGACGACGAUUUACGAACUGAUGAACGAACGAGUAACUCAUUCGCCGAGGCGAGUGACUACAUUGUUGAUAUUCGCGAAUAUGAUGUACCAUACCAUGUGAGAGUAAUGAUAGACCUUGAUAUACGAGUUGGAAAAUGGUACUAUGUUGAGGUUAAGCACGGAGUAACCAAAAUUUUGCCCAAUGAAGACCGAUCGCUUCCCGCGGAUCCAGUUGUUUUGGCAUUUGAUAUUGAAACAACCAAACUCCCUUUGAAGUUCCCCGACGCUGCCAUUGACCAAAUAAUGAUGAUUUCAUAUAUGAUUGACGGCCAGGGGUUCCUAAUCACAAAUCGAGAAAUCAUUUCCGAGGACAUUGGUGAUUUUGAUUACACCCCCAAGCCAGAAUAUCCCGGCCCCUUUAUGAUCUUCAACGAACCAAAUGAGAAGGCUGUUAUUGAGCGUUUCUUUCUUCACAUAAAAGAAGCCAGACCAACCGUUAUCGCGACUUACAACGGCGACUUUUUCGAUUGGCCUUUUGUUGAAGCCAGAGCGAGCGUCAAUGGUAUCGAUAUGUACCAAGAAAUCGGGUGGAAGAAGGACAGCGAAGAUCAGUUUAAAUGCAAUUACGGAGUCCACAUGGACUGUUUCCACUGGGUCAACCGUGACUCUUAUUUGCCACAAGGUUCUCGCGGUCUGAAGGCCGUCACAGUUGCCAAAUUAGGAUAUGACCCCGACGAACUCGACCCGGAGUUGAUGACACCCUAUGCCAGUGAAAGACCACAGACCUUGGCCGAAUACUCAGUUUCCGACGCUGUUGCCACGUAUUUCCUGUACAUGAAAUACGUUCACCCCUUCAUCUUCUCUUUGUGCACAAUUCUUCCCCUGGGUGGUGAUGAUACACUUAGAAAAGGUACUGGUACACUGUGUGAGAUGUUGCUCAUGGUCCAGGCAUAUCAGAAAGAAAUCGUGCUUCCUAACAAACAUCAGUCUCCCAAAGAAGCAUUCUGGGAUGGUCAUCUUCUGGACUCGGAAACAUAUGUCGGAGGACACGUUGAGAGUAUCGAGGCAGGGGUCUUCCGAGCGGACAUUCCCGUGGAUUUUGCCGUCGAUACAGGUGCUAUUGAUGAAUUGCUGCGCGAUAUAGAUGCUGCGCUAAAAUUCGUUAUCACUGUGGAGGAGAAGAAGUCGCUAGAUGACGUUGAGAACUACGACGAGGUCAAGGAACAAAUUGUUGCAAAGCUGAUGAAACUCAAGGAAACACCAAACCGACGGGAACGGCCACUCAUCUACCAUUUGGACGUCGCAUCCAUGUAUCCUAACAUCAUGACAACAAACCGACUACAACCAGAUUCUAUGAUUGACGAAUCGGAUUGUGCGGCUUGCGAUUUUAACCGACCGGGAAAGACAUGUGACCGAAGACUGCCCUGGGCCUGGAGAGGAGAGUAUCUUCCCGCCAAGCGAGACGAGUACAACAUGAUUCGACACGCUUUGGAAAACGAGAAGUUCCCUGGCAAGACACCACACGCGCCAAUGCGCACAUUUGCAGAUCUGAGUGCCGACGAGCAAGCCUCCCUGGUACGGAAACGACUCCAAGUAUACUCACAAAAGGUGUACCACAAAAUCCACGAUUCCACUACCAUUGUACGUGAGGCCAUCAUUUGUCAGAGAGAGAAUCCAUUUUACAUCAAUACUGUACGAGACUUUCGUGACCGACGAUACGACUAUAAAGGAAAGGCAAAAGUAUGGAAGGGCAAAACCGAGUCACUCAAAUCCUCAGGCGCGAGUGCAAGUGAAGUUGACGCGGCCAAGAAGAUGAUCAUCUUGUAUGAUUCUCUACAGCUGGCUCACAAAGUCAUUCUGAACUCCUUCUAUGGUUAUGUCAUGAGAAAGGGUUCGCGAUGGUAUUCUAUGGAGAUGGCUGGUGUUACGUGUUUGACCGGUGCAACAAUUAUCCAGCUGGCACGACAGCUUGUGGAACGAUUGGGAAGGCCUCUGGAACUUGACACCGAUGGUAUUUGGUGUAUGCUGCCGGCAACAUUCCCCGAAAACUUUGCCUUCAAACUAAAGAACGGAAAGAAGCUCCCCAUCUCAUAUCCCUGUGUUAUGUUGAAUCAUCUUGUUCACGACAAGUUCACAAACCACCAAUAUCAGACGCUUGUAGACCAGAAAACGUUCAAGUACGAAACUCACAGCGAGAACUCCAUCUUCUUUGAGGUCGACGGUCCCUACAAGGCAAUGAUUUUGCCAACAUCGAAGGAGGAAGAUAAGAAUCUGAAGAAGCGAUACGCAGUCUUCAAUGAUGAUGGUAGUCUUGCUGAAUUGAAGGGAUUUGAGGUCAAGAGACGUGGCGAACUAAAGCUCAUCAAGAUUUUUCAACAGCAAAUCUUCAAGUUCUUCCUAGAAGGAGAGGAUUUGACACAGUGCUACGGCGCCGUCGCCAAGGUUGCAAACCGAUGGCUCGAUGUACUACACAAUAAGGGAUCGACCUUGGCCGACGAAGAGCUCAUGGAGUUGAUUUCGGAGAACAGGAGCAUGUCCAAAACGCUGGAAGAGUAUGGGUCACAAAAAUCGACCAGUAUCACCACGGCCAAACGUCUUGCCGACUUCUUAGGCGAGCAAAUGGUAAAGGAUAAAGGUCUCAAUUGCAAGUUCAUCAUCUGCGCAAGGCCACGCAAUGCUCCAGUUACCGAACGUGCCGUCCCAGUUGCCAUCUUUUCUGCCGAAGAGUCCAUCAAGAGGACAUAUUUAAAGAAGUGGCUCAAGGAGGAGCCCGCCGACACGGACCCAAGAGCUCUCCUGGACUGGGAUUAUUAUCUGGAGCGUCUUGGUUCAGUUAUUCAGAAGCUCAUCACCAUCCCCGCCGCCCUGCAAAAAGUUCGAAAUCCAGUCCCGCGGGUGCCUCACCCUGAUUGGCUUCAGAGACGUAUCAAUAUCAAGGAUGACAAGAUGAAGCAAAAGAAAUUGACGGAUUUGUUUACGAAAGAGCCACUUGGAGACAUUACAAAUAUCAAUGGCUCCCGAAUGGAGGACUUGGAGGACUUUGGGCGUAAACUUCUCAAGCCAAAGCAAGUCAGUACGGCAGUUGCCUCCUCACAGCCUGCACUGACAGUUCAAAAACGUAAAUCCCCGGAACCUACCGAGAACACGGACCCCAUGGCGGCAUUACCCAAAGUCAUGCCGAGUCCGUCGGAAAACUACCCUGCCUUUCUGAAGUAUCAGAAGCAAAAGUGGAAGCUGCAGAAACAAGCUCGUAUUCGCAGGCGACAGUUGUUUGGCGACAGGAGAGGCCUGACUGGCAACAACAUUCAGCAGUCGUUUAUGAAACAAGCACACAUCACUUUCAUGAAUACUUGGCAGUUGCUUCACCUGCAGACCACUGACAGCCCUGGCGUUGUAACUGCUCAUGUUUUGAUCGACGCCAAAAUUCACACUGUGAAAGUCAAUGUUCCUCGACAAGUCUUUUUGAAUCUCAAGGGCAGCGAGCUUCCUGAUGUUGAUAUUGCGGGCUGCGAGGUCGAGCAGGUUAAUUACACUCUUCCGAACGGCCACCCUUCAAGCCAUCUCUUUAAGCUUACUGUUCCAGAGGGCGUGUAUUUUAGUGAAGCUGCCAAGUUCUCCCUGCUGUUCAAUCACCCUAGCGUGGAAGGCGUGUACGAGAAACAAGUACCUCUGAAUAUCAGGGCCGUUCUCCGUCUUGGAAACCAAUGCGUGAUUGAUGAGCAACAGAAUGCGGUGCUUGGCAAGGGUCUAGAACAGGGCUUUGACCUGUUUGGCCUAAAGAGACCUGUCAAGACACGUACAUACUUGGAGUCAUCUCCACUGGCUUAUAUAUAUAUUUCUCACAUCACAGCAGGUGAGCGCCAGAUCUUUGGUAUAUUUUCGACCACUUCGGAUCAGGGUCACAUUAUCAUUCUGCAGAAGAACAAGGAUUCUGGUCAAGAUCUUCCUAACGUUAGUCGAAUGUACGGAGAGAUGUUGGCCAAACGAGCUGAAGAAGCAGCGGGUACGAAUUGGCAGGACUGUUUUAUAUAUCAGGAAAAGAUGACAUUCAAGGUCACUCAAGUCUCCACACGUCGGAAAGUCCAUUUGGAAAUCGGCGACGUCGUCAAGAAGAUGCGAAAGGAUGAAUCCAGACCGCAAAUGAUGGUGAUCCAGUCUUCGCAACGCAACCUGCUGGUCCACGAUAUUCCUGUCCUAGGAGAGUUUCCUGUCUUGCCCCUGAAGUACGAUGCUACGGAUAGUUCUCUCCCACCACUGGGUUGGCAAGCUGUUGUGGCCCGCCGUCUGGUUGGUCACUACCUCGGCCUUGGCUCUUGGAUAUUACACCUUACUGCGCUUGCGAGAUAUGGCGAUGUUCCUCUCUGUAAUCUGGAACGGGAAGACCCUCGUUUCCUGAUCGACAUUGCCUAUGCUCGUCGACUACAAGCUAAUGGAGUUGUGCUAUGGUGGUCGGCUGGCCCACGACCCGACCAUGCUGGGUAUGAAAAGGAUGAUAUCCUUGGUCCGCUGGAUACUGUUAAGAUGCCCAAUGUGAACAACCCGGGUACUUUUGCUUCAGUAUGCAUCGACCUCGAUGUACGGAACUUGGCAAUUAACACCAUUCUGACAUCGUCACUUAUCAACGAAUUAGAAGGGGCAGAUUCCGUAUCGUUUAACCCAAGCGCUGACGGAUCAGAGACUUUGGCUUCGGAUAAUGCCUUUGCCAAUGCUGGCGUCCUUGUCCUCCGUGAAAUGGUCAAAGCAUGGUGGGCAGAGGCCUGUAAGGGAAGCACCAUGGCGGACGUGUUGGUUCAACAUCUGGUCCGCUGGGUCGAGAAUCCCGAUUCUUUCAUGUAUGACCGAGCCCUACACUACUACGUGCAAAUGAUGUCUCGAAAAGCCUUCCAGCAGCUCAUGGCAGACUUCAGACGGGUCGGGUCACAAGUUGUCUUUGCCAAUGCCAACCGCUUGAUUCUGCAGACAACCAAGGCUGAAGUUGGAAACGCCUUUGCCUACAGCCAGUAUAUCAUUAAGUCGAUCAAGAGUAAGCCUCUGUUUCACUUUAUUGAUCUCGAAAUCAAAGAGUACUGGGACUACUUGGUGUGGUACGACGAGUUCAACUACGGUGGCAAAGGAUGCCAGGAGGUCAUUGAAGCGGAGGAACAGAAUCUGGAAACCAUUAUGCACUGGCAAAUGGCUACAUUUCUACCUGUGCGACUACAACCGACUUUCCAGGAAUGGGUCAUUGCGUUCAUACAGCUCAUGCACAAUCUCAAGCGGCCGGCGAGCAAUGACCCCGACUCAACGCCUCGUCUGACACAGUUACCCAAUCGCAAUGAUGAAAAUGGACAAGGUCAGAUCAUUCUUGGAAAGGCCUACGAGAAACCACUCAAAAAGGCCAUUGCUAGUCUUAUAAGCCAACAAAAGCGAGAGCUCUUGCAUCCAGAGCUAGCGGAGGACUAUAGCUUCCCCAGUCUGCCGGGAUCUCACCUGACUCCUCGUGCUCCUGUGCUGGAGCUGGUCAAGUCACUCAUGCAGAUUCUCUCUCUAGACAAGAAUGUCACACUCGAAGCUCGUCUAUUGCGUAAGGAGCUAUUGGCAUUAUUCGACGUACGAGAAUUCUCCAAAGAAGGCACGUUUGCAAACCCCUCGGAGAGUCUCAAGCUCGUGCAAAUAUCAUGCGACAGCUGCACACUGGCCCGCGACUUGGACCUUUGCAGGGACGAAGAUCUUCAAGGAAGCGAUGGUCGAGGCUGGCAGUGCAGCUUCUGCGGCACGGAAUACGAUCGUGUUACCAUUGAAGAAAGACUCUUGUCCAUGGUAGAAGCUUGGACAGUGGAAUGGGCAACGCAGGACCUCAAGUGUUCCCGGUGUGGCGCCUUGCGGGUGAAUGACUUGAUGGAACAUUGUACAUGCAGUGGCGAGUGGAAAGAAAUAGUAUCUCGGCAGGAGACUAUGCGAAAGCUGACGGUAAUGAGGAGGGUGGCCAAGUAUUACAGUCUAAGGAUGCUGAGCGAUGUUGUGGAGGGCCUUUUCUCGGACGUGUAA